AUGGGUAUUAAAAUUAUCGGAUUUGGUAAAUCACCCAUUACUCUUAGAGUAAUUCUUACCCUUCAAGAGUUAGGAACCAAGAAUUCUACAAUUUUGAUUCCAAAAGAUAUACAAAAGGCCGCUUUGGUUGAACAAUACUUAUCGGUCAAAAAUUUAUAUUUUGAAAUACCAUCAACAACUAUUAAUUUUGAAGAAAUUGUUGCUGUAAAAUAUAUGGGUAAAGAAGCUAAUGCCGAAAAGGUCAAAGAAGCAAAAGAAAAACUUGAACAGACAUUGGAUGUCUAUGAAAAAUUUCUCGAGGGAAAAGAUUAUUUGACUGGUGAAUAUUCUUUAGCCAAUAUUAUCCAUGUGCCUAAUCUCUUUGCUAAUAUUCAUAAAACUAGUGCUAAAUAUAUAUAUUAUGAUGCUAAAAGACCCAAUGUUAUUAAAUGUGUGGAAAAUCUUCUUGAAACACCUACUUGGAAACAAAUAACAGCAAAUCUUAAUUCCGACUAA